CCGCUUUGUCAGCAGCCGGAGAUUCAGGAAGGCCUAGCCGCUGGGGCGACUGUGCCGGGUUGGCGCCGAGCGUUCGUGGCGCCCGGAGAGUCCGGCGGUGCUCAUACUGUGCAGCUUACCUGCCGCCGCGCGCGAGGAUUUCCUGUGUCGGGUGCUGGCUCGGCUGGGGUCCGCUCUGGUUUGGCACACGUGCAUCUAGCCCUCGGGCCGCCUUGGAAAGGAGACCGGGGGCGGGCACGGAGACCAGGCGGCUGCCGGGCCGGGAGCCCUCCGAGGACCGGCGGGGAGCUCCAGGGUUCGAUUACCUGCGAGGCAGCCCCCAACCCUGCCUCUAACUAGCCUCGGAACCCCUGGGCAAGUUUCAGAACCGGGCCUCAGUUUCCCUAGAGGUCCCUCCUUGUGGUCCAUUUUUGGGCGCCAUGGGCUCCACAGUGUGCUCAGAUGAACGACGUGAUGGCAGAAUUAGCUAAAGAACAGCCUCAAGUUUCGUUUGUGAAGUUGGAAGCUGAAGCCGUUCCUGAAGUAUCUGAAAAAUAUGAAAUUAGUUCUGUUCCCACCUUUCUGUUUUUCAAGAAUUCUCAGAAAAUUGACCGAUUAGACGGUGCACAUGCCCCAGAGUUGACCAAAAAAGUUCAGCGACAUGCAUCUAGCGGCUCCUUCCCCCCCAGUGGUAACGAGCACCCUAAAGAAGACCUCAGCCUCCGCCUGAAGAAGCUAACGCACGCCGCCCCUUGCAUGCUGUUCAUGAAGGGAAGUCCUCAGGAGCCGCGCUGCGGUUUCAGCAAGCAGAUGGUGGAGAUCCUUAACAAACAUAACAUUCAGUUUAGCAGUUUUGAUAUCUUCUCAGAUGAAGAAGUUCGUCAGGGUCUCAAAACCUAUUCCAACUGGCCCACCUAUCCCCAGCUCUAUGUUUCUGGAGAACUCAUAGGAGGACUUGAUAUAAUUAAGGAGCUGGAAGCAUCUGACGAACUAGAUACAAUUUGCCCUAAAGCUCCCAAAUUAGAGGAAAGGCUCAAAGUACUGACAAAUAAAGCUUCUGUGAUGCUCUUUAUGAAAGGAAACAAACAGGAAGCAAAAUGUGGGUUCAGCAAACAAAUUCUGGAAAUACUAAAUAGUACUGGUGUCGAAUAUGAGACAUUUGAUAUAUUGGAGGAUGAAGAAGUUCGGCAAGGGUUAAAAACUUACUCGAAUUGGCCCACGUACCCUCAGCUGUAUGUGAAAGGGGAGCUUGUUGGAGGUCUGGAUAUCGUUAAGGAACUGAGAGACAAUGGUGAGCUGCUGCCAGUGCUGAAAGGAGAGAACUAGGAACUGUUACGCUCGGUACCCCACUGCUGCGGGAAACCUUCGUCACAGCAGGGCCACUCAUGACUCCGUUCUCAGACUGCUGCUCACCCAGUUAGGCUUGGUGUAUCCCACCAGCUCGUGCUAAGUACAUGUAUGUUCUGUUUGUUUUUCACCAAACAGAAUGCAAUAAACAUCUUCAAAUCCGAUUAAAAAUACUUGUGUAAAAAA